GUUUUCGGUUUAUUCAAAGCAUUCGGCUGUGUACUUCCGUUUAGGCUAGACGAAUUUUUGUACAACUGGUGGUUUUAAAUAAAUUUGCAAUUUUCUAAAUUAAAAUUUGUUUUAAAUGGGGAAAGUUUUGUGUUUGGGUUAUCAAGUAUCAAGGUUGCUUUUGGGAUGGUUAGGUGCAACACUUUCCAUCAUCGGAAUUAUAUUGCUUUAUUAUUGCCUGGAAAAUCCGGAUAUUUUGGCGAGGUGGUUGAUGUCUUUAGCGGACGACCAAGCCAAGAUCGACUACAAGGAAUUACGCAGGGAUGUGGUUUGGUCAUGCGUGCUGUAUAUUGUCUUAAGUUUUGUAAACUUGAUGACAUCCCUUGGUUUAAUAUUUGGCAUCAAUAAGUAUUGUGUACCGUCCUUGAAAUAUCCAUUCAUACAUUUAAUAAAAAAACAGGAAAAAGUUGUGAAAUACAAGAUCGCCACAACUUUGCCGGCCGGAAGUGACCAUCCAUCAAAGACAUUUAAUGUGUAAAAUGGCGCCUCCUUCACACAUGAAAAAUACAUACAUAUGCACACAAACACAUGUGCAUAGGUAUGACGAGGAUUUCACUCCGGAGCACAAGUCUACAAACUAAACUAAAUUAAAUCAAUUAAACUUAAACUUAAAUAUACAAAUAUUCACUCAUAUACAUAUGUACAUACAUAGGAAAAUAUACUAACACAAUCAUGUUCAUAUCAAUCAUACAUGCAUACAUACAAACGAACAAAUACAAAUGUAAUAUUUACAUGUACUUUUCAUACAAAAAACAAUUAAAUGUAACAGAAAAACAAAAACAAAUGAAUCUCACUAUUUUCAACACACCAAACAGCUAAAUAUAUUUUAUAUAUGAAAUGCAUUACAUUUGAUAAGCAUAUACUAGUAUAUACAUACAUAUGCAUACGUAUGUAUGUGUGUAUAUAUUUGCUUCAGUUCAGUGUUAGAUGUUGGCAACGCGACACGCAUUGUAAGAUGACGGCUGGAAAAUUUUAAAUAUCGCAAAACAACAACACGUUUUAAAUGGACGCUUGUUUUAAAGUGGGUUUGUAUGUAUUAUAUAUGUAUAUGCAUUUUCUAUUUAUUUAACAGGAGAAAAAAUAAAUAAAUCAAAAAUUGAUUAUCUCAUCCAGGGAAAUACUCUACGGCAACUAAGUCGGUGAUCACAUUACGAAUUUUGAAUACCAAAGUUUAAUGAACCCCUUUUGUAGUUUUUAUUAAAAAAAAAUAAUCAAAAUUAAUUGCUGUAAUUAUUCAAUGGGUAUAAGUUAAAUAAAAAAGUUAACUUAAGUUAUUUGAAAAUGUAAAA